AUGGAUGCCUUUAUUAACCCAAAAAGGGAAUCCCACUGGAUACAUGUCAGCGCAGAUGGUACUAGGUUGGCCCUAAUUUGGAAAUAUGGAGGCAUUUACAUGGACACUGACAUUAUUUCAAUUCGACCGAUUCCAGUAGAAAGGUUUAUGGCUGUUGAAUCAUUUGCGUAUUCCAGCAAUGGUGUCGUUGGACUUUCACAACAUCAUAAGUUCACUUGGUUGAGCAUGGAAAACUUUGUACAAAACUACGAUGGGGGAAGGUGGGGACAUCAAGGACCACAACUCUUCACCCGAGUUCUGAAGCAGUUCUGUAAUAUAUCUGAAUUCAGUAUUUUAGGGGAUACUAUGUGCAGAAAUAUCACUUUAUUAAAUCCUCAGCGAUUUUAUCCAAUUUCAUACCCGUCUUGGAGAUUAUAUUAUCAAGUUUGGGAAAAUUUGCCAACUUUCAAUGAUUCUUAUGCUUUGCACCUUUGGAACUAUAUGAACAGUGAACAUAGGACUAUGACUACUGGAAGUAACACAUUAGUGGAACAUCUCUUCCAACAAUUUUGCCCUUCUACCUAUGGAGCUCUACUAUGGAAUGAAAGCAUACACCUUUAG